CAACCCCCGUGGCUUUAUGAAAGACCAAAUCCCUCCGCAGGCAGCGGUUUCAAAGCUUGUCUGUCGGCGAGAGGCGGACUUCCUUUCUACCCAACCGGUCUCGGGGACACGCUUUCCGUUUAGACUCUCGCCUGUGAGCAUUCUUCAGUGUUAAACUCAAGGCUGUCUUGCCUCCUCCCCUUUUUCCUUAUUCGAGCUCUGUUAUUCUGCACCGCUCCAGCGACGCCAGCCAGCGGACGUAGCCGAGAAGGGAAGUCGAAGUGGGCUUCGUCUUUUUCACCAGGCAGAUGAUCCCAGCCGUCCAGAUUGACAGGAGUGAUGGAAUGUGUCAACUAGCAAAUAAGACAUCUCUGGAUGAUGUAAUCAGACUGAAGGACUUAUCUACAGUGUUGACGCCAGAGCAGGAAAAAAGCAGGAAGGAGGGAGAGUGGGGAUACUGUGACGAUACAAACAUGGGCGUGGGCAAGAACACCUCUUCCAAGCCGAUGGACAGCGGGAGCGAAGGAGGGAAAUAUGAAGAGGAAAGCAAACACGGAGCGGACUUCUACCCUAUUCCGGUGGUGGUAAAUGGAGUGGGCGGUGCCAAUGGAGACCAGGAUACGGAGAACACUGAGUUAAUGGCCAUCUACACUAAAGUCCAAGGAGUAGAAAAGAGCUCAAUGUCAGAGACGUUGGACAGCUCAGACAGUACAGAUCUGAAAAGGAUGGACAUGAUCUAUAUUAUAGAGGACACUCCGCCUUGGUACCUCUGUGUGUUUCUUGGGCUACAGCACUAUUUAACAUGUUUUAGCGGAACCAUAGCGGUGCCGUUCCUCCUCGCUGAAGCCAUGUGCGUCGGUCACGACCAGUGGGCCACAAGUCAGCUUAUAGGAACCAUCUUUUUUUGUGUGGGGAUCACCACCCUCUUACAAACCACACUGGGAUGCAGGUUGCCUUUGUUCCAGGCCAGUGCUUUUGCCUUCCUGGCCCCUGCCAGAGCCAUUCUGUCACUGGACAAAUGGAAGUGUAACAACACAGACAUACUCGGGACAAACAGCACAGAGAUCCUCAACACAGAACACAUCUGGCAUCCCAGGAUACGAGAAAUCCAAGGGGCCAUCAUUGUGUCUUCUCUCGUGGAGGUGUGUAUUGGGGCACUGGGUCUGCCCGGACUCCUCUUGAAGUAUAUUGGACCUCUGACCAUCACCCCUACUGUGGCCCUUAUCGGUCUCUCCGGUUUCCAGGCUGCGGGGGAGAGGGCAGGCAAACACUGGGGCAUUGCUAUAAUGACUAUUUUCUUGGUGCUUCUCUUCUCCCAGUAUGCCAGGAAUGUCCAAUUCCCAUUGCCCGUCUACAAAGCAAAGAAGGGUUGGACUACCUACAGGCUGCAGGUGUUCAAAAUGUUUCCAAUCAUCAUGGCCAUCCUGGUGUCAUGGCUGCUGUGCUUCAUCUUCACCAUGACCAACGUAUUCCCGCCUGUGAAGGAAAAAUACGGCUACUACGCCCGCACAGACUCGCGCCAAGGAAUACUCUCGGCUGCGCCCUGGUUCAAGAUCCCGUAUCCCUUCCAGUGGGGGGUUCCUAAUGUAACAGCUGCAGGUGUGAUUGGCAUGAUGAGCGCGGUGGUCGCUAGCAUCAUCGAGUCUAUCGGUGACUAUUACGCUUGCGCCCGCCUGUCGUGUGCCCCUCCACCACCCAUCCACGCCAUCAAUAGAGGCAUAUUUAUGGAAGGCAUUUCCUGCGUAUUGGACGGUCUUUUCGGGACAGGAAACGGUUCCACCUCUUCCAGUCCGAACAUCGGUGUUCUGGGAAUAACAAAGGUGGGCAGCAGACGGGUGAUCCAAUACGGAGCUGCUAUGAUGCUGCUCCUGGGACUUGUGGGUAAAUUCAGCGCCCUGUUUGCCUCCCUGCCCGACCCGGUGCUGGGAGCACUGUUCUGCACCUUGUUCGGGAUGAUCACAGCAGUGGGGCUGUCCAACCUCCAGUUUGUGGACCUCAACUCUUCCAGGAACCUCUUUGUUCUGGGUUUCUCCAUCUUCUUUGGUCUGAUGCUGCCCAGCUACCUCAAACAGAACCCGUUGGUCACAGGCAUCGUUGAGAUUGACCAAGUGUUGAACGUGCUCCUCACUACAGCCAUGUUUGUUGGCGGCUCAGUGGCUUUUAUUUUGGACAACACUAUUCCAGGAUCUUCUGAGGAGCGAGGCAUCAGGAAGCUGAAACGAGGCUUGGGUCUGGGCGCCGCAGAGCUGGAAGGGAUGCGCUCGUACGACCUGCCUUUUGGAAUGGACUUUAUCCGCAGACACGCUGUCUUCAAGUACCUCCCCAUCAGCCCCACCUUCGCCGGCUACCAAUGGGGGGUUCUGCGGGAGGCCUGCAGGUGCAGGGGUGGACAAAAGGAGGCGGGGAAGCAAGGAGGGGAAGGGGGCACCGCUCACGUCGAGAGUCCGGCAUAGCCUGACCAAAAAAUUGUGUGAAUUCGGGGAGCAAUUGAAGGUUCACUGAGAGAAAAGGACAUGAGAGUGUGGUGCAGGAUCUUGCCUCACUUCCCAUUCUGCUCUUUUUAGCAUGCUUAUUAAGCAAGUGGCAGCCAGCAUGCUCCAAAAAAAGAUGUCAUUGUGUAGAGACUAGUUGGUGUGUCUACAUGUGUACAAUCAUACACUGGCACUUUAACUCAAUUACAAUUUCUGUCACAAUCUGCUAACUGAGAAUUAUGCAAACAAAGAAGGUCUCAUUGCCAUGCACAUUGUAUGCACAUGGACACACACACCUACAGCCCCUCAAAAACUAGCUGAGUCAGCUAGAAUGCAUGUAUUUCUUGUUUUAUUAGCUCAGUGAUUGUGACACUUUUUUUUCUUUAUGCUGCCUCCUACUUCCAAAAUGUCUCCCUGCAAGCUCACUUCCUCACAAACAAUUUUAAACUCAACAAGCUCUCAAUUUACAUCAAGGAGGAUCUCACAGUUUACUUAGAAUUCCUGUCAAAGGUUUGGAGCCGUUUUCUCAUUCAAUAGUGUGAGCAAGUGUUUGCCUCUGUCUUAUGCGCGAGCAGAAUCCUAAAUCAGAAUGCCCUCAUUUGGAUACUAUGAAGGGGCUCAUUGUCACAUGACUUCCGAGAGUUAUCUUCACUGUCACUACCAGUACUCUAAUCCCUCAUGCAAUAAGAUAACAUAACAUCUUCCUUCACAGUCAGGAGAUCCGCGUUCAAAUCUAUGCAUGUUCUGUCUUGGAGUAAUUCAGCUAUCUCCCACUGCCAGACAUGCAUUAGCUUCAUGGGAGACUCUAAGCCUGGGCAAUUAUUUUGACUCGGGGGGGCCACUUUUAGAGAGAAAAAUGUGUCUGGGGGCCAGGUAUUAAUUUUUAGGAACACUAAUACGAAACCUCCCAAUGUCUGAUUGAAUGCUAACAUUGUUAUGACAGAACACCUUAAAAACACGUAAUGGAAGUUUACAUUUUUCUAUGAAUGAUAAACACUGAAUAUUGACAAAACAUGAAUGUCACACCCCCUUUCGAUCGACAUAUUUUACAAUCAAGUGAAACCCAACAAAAAUGCAACAAACAGUGAAAUAUGAACGCAAAGGGUACAAAACAAACCCACCUACUAUCUGAUAUAUCACUAAGCUUUAGAACUUUAUUGUGAAAAUCUCUUUCCGUUGUCUGUGGAAACGCUUUCCGCCCACACUGCUUGGUGCCUCGUCUGAGCUGCUGUGAUGUAGAUUACCAUAGUAACUGAUAAGAUGACCAUAGUAACUAAUUUGAUUACUGUAGUAACUAAUUAGAUUACCAUAGUAACUGGUAUGUCAUCCAAAAGUGCAGAUUCUAACCAUUGAAAGACUUAAUAUAGUUGAGGACAUACGGUCAUUAGAAAACAUGAGUGCACAUCAUAUUGGCAGCUACACUUUCCAUCUUAAACAUCUAAAACAAUUAUUUGGGAAUGUCCGGCGGGCCAGAUUGAAAAGCUUAAUGGGCGGCAUGUGGCCCCCGGGCCUUAAUUUGCCCAGGUCUGCUCUAAAUAGUCCAAGGGAGUGAGUGGGAACUAGGUGUCCUGUUAUUGACUAAAAACCUGUCCAGGUUUACCCUGCCUCUCACCUCACAGUCAGCUGGGAUAGGCUCCAGCUCAUCCAUGAUCCUAAUUAGCUCAAAUGUUACAGAACAUGUAUAAAAGUGUCUUAAUUCCCAGAGGGAGAUUGAAAAGCUGCUGUGUUUCUAACAUUUAGCCUGAUUUGCAAUCCAUUCUGCGUCUGUAUGUCGUGUUUAUGUAGCAGUAUUAGGACUACACUGAAAAGACUACAAGUGGUUGUUUUUUUUUUUAAUAUGAUUAACACUCAAAAUUCUCAAGGUUUGGGGACUUUUUCCCCACAAAAACAGACUCUUAUUAAAAUAGUUUCCUUCAAAUUUAUUUAUUACCUAAACCAGGAGAUUUUGUUAAGGAUGGCUGCUUGGUUGCCAUUUAGCUCGGUAGCAACACAGGUCAAAAAGUCAUUGGCAGAUUUAUAUGAAAUUUUCAGGAAAUGUCCAAAAUUGAAACAACUGGAUCGAUAUUGGGUCGGAGACGUAAUUUCUACUACAUUACCUUUUCUGCUAGAGAUAGCUCAAAAUGUUUGUGGCAGAAUUUUAAGUAAACUUUCAGGAAAUUUUCAAAAUGUGAUGAAAAAAAACAAAUGAUUACAUCCGGCUCAUGGGAGAUGGGGCCUGGUGGAGGUCAGUGCUCUCCAAAGUAUUUUUUAGUUUUUGUUCUUUCGAUGUGAGCACUUGUCUUGUCCAACCAACCCUACUUCUGAGUUUAGUUCAUUAUUCUAACUUCCUCACUAAUUGUGAACUGUUAUAUAUUCAAAAAUGGGAGAAUGUUGGGACUUAUUUUGGUCAGAACAAUUCUGUGUUGCUGUAGCACUGUAGGUUUAGCCAGCCAACUAAUUGAAACUCAGAGCCGUGUUUAGAGAGAGUGUGGAUGACUUUGUUUCAGAAAUGGUACCAAAAAUGGCGCCCUGUUGUAACGUGAGCGGCUUUUGACCAGACAAUCUCUUAAAGUAGUCGAAAGACCCUCACGUGACUUCAGGGUGCCAUGUUUGGGACCCACUUAGAAACCAAACUGUCCAUUCUGAUACUCUAUAGCAGGGGUAGGGAACCUAUGGCUCUAGAGCCAGAUGUGGCUCUUUUGAUGACUGCAUCUGGCUCUCAGAUAAAUCUUAGCUGACAUUGCUUAGCAUGAUAAGUAAUGAAUAAUUCCACUGGUAAUCACAGUGUUAAAAAAUAACGUUCAAAUUAUAAAACAUUCUCAUCCAUUUUAAUCCAACCAUCCGUUUUCUAUCGCACCUGUUCAAGAUCUCGCAUUAAUGGUAAGAAGUAUUAUAUUUUUUAUUGGUUAACUUUAGAAUAACAAUUUUAUUAAAAAGAAUAAGGGACUUAUUAUACUCUAAAAAUGUUGGUCUUACUUAAAAAUGCACCCAUUUAGUUGUAUUCAGUGUUAAAAAAUAUUAUAUGGCUCUCACGGAAAUACAUUUUGAAAUAUUUGGCUUUCAUGGCUGUCUCAGCCAAAAAGGUUCCCGACCCCUGCUCUAUAGAUUGCUCGGUUGAGACUGAACCAACAACACCUCUGCUGGCUGCAGCCAAGUACUGCACUAUGUUUAGCCUCAAUUACUUCAAGACCUAUCAUACUCAUUGUCUCUUUUGUAUUUGACUGUACUCCUAUAGAGUCGCCACACACGAUCGCUUCCUGCUAUUUUCUGCAUUCAGUGACAUCUGAUUGCAUAAAAUUGCAAAAAGUCUAAAUUAAAUGAAUGAUUUCCGAUUGUGGAAGUGAAGACAGCUCCUUGAAGGAACAUCUAAAAUGGUCCCAGUGAAAAGGUUCUUUUAAGCGUAUACAUAACCAAACCUUGAAAUAACCUUUUCACUGGGACCAUUUUAGAUGUUCCUUCAAGGAGGUGUCUUCACUUCCACUAUCUGAAAUCGCUCAUUUAAUUAAGACAUUUUUCUGUGUGGAGUUUGCAUGUCCUCCCCGUGACUGCGUGGGUUCCCUCCAGGUACUCCAACUUCCUCCCACUUCCAAAGACAUGCACCUGGGGAUAGGUUGAUUGGCAACACUAAAUUGGCCCUAGUGUGUGAAUGUGAGUGUGAAUGUUGUCUGUCUGCGUUGGCCCUGGGAGGUGGCGACUUGUCCAGGGUGUACCCCGAUUGUAGCUGAGAUAGCCUCCAGUGCCCCCCGCGACCCCGAAGGGACAAGCGGUAGAAAAUGGAUGGAUACAUUACCAAACCAUCCCUGCACCGUCUUCUGUUAGCAAUUACACACAAUACCUCUGCAAUUUGGCUUUAGCAGAGAGAUGACAGAAAACAACAGAAAUGUUCUGUUCGCAGGGAUCCUCUUGUUACGUGUUUACUAAUGCAACCUACACAACUCCUGUCCUUCUGCUCCUCUUACUUACACUGACAGUUGCAAAGUACUUUAUUGGACCUUUGACUGUUUCAGCCGUCUUUUCACUCACUACCGUCACAUAUUAAUAACAAACACAAUAAUCAACAUGAAAAGUAACUAAAUGUGGCAAAAAUAAUACAUCGUAUUGAGAUAUUUCAAAUAUACCAAAAAGUGAUUUUCUUAACCGUUUAUUUCACUUUAUGUUUUGGAGCUAUUUAUUUAUGGGCGGUGUGUCAAGCUCAGUUGGCUGAAGCAGGUCUUUGUGCCUCUUGCACAAUGUUAAAAGUUGAUUUAACAGUCUUGCCCUGUUUCAAAAAAAGGAAACAAAAAAAAUGAAAAAAGGAAACAAAAAAAAAAAAGUGUAUUAACCAUGCAAGGCAUCAUUGCUGCUGCUGCUAUCAUUAUGUUCAUGUCAGGGCCUUUUAUCAUCUUAUACAUUCAGAAGGUGCCAAGAAUAUGUUCUCGUUAACCUUAAAAUGUUGAUAGAAUGGACCACAUUGUACUACUGGGCCUUAAGUCUGUAUUUAGCUGACUGUUAGUGACCACUUGUGUGGACAUAUGUUAAUACAAGGGAUGGGCAUUUAACUAGAAUUGCUUGAAAUGCAUUUUUUUUUUUAUGGUGUGCUAACAUAGCCGAUGUCAACCACAUAUAUUAAUGUAAGUUUUAAUUUGAAUGAUUUGGUGUGCAUUAGAAAGUGGAAAGGAAACCGCAGCUCUCAUUAAUAAUGGCAGACUAAGAAAAAACUGCCUUGUCAGCAUUAACAACAUUGAUGGGCUCAUCGUAAACAACUUAAGCGACAUUUUGAACUGCAUUCAGAGGUAGAUAUAGCUGCUGAAUAAUAACCAAUAAUGGUUUACUUUAAAUGCAACUACUGCCAUAUUGAGUACUUGAUUUAAAGAAAAUAAUAAAUCAGGAGGUGGCGCACCGCCAGUGAUGGCAAUGUUUUUUGAUCUGUUAGCAUCUGUUUUUGUAGACGAUGUACGCAACAACGGGUUCAUUGACCACAACUGUUUUGGUAAACAAUAGAAUAUUAUGCCCAUCGCCGGUUUACAUGAUUAAAGUUCGCUCGAACUGUUGAUGACAUACGACUAAACACCACGCACAAUCCUGGCAGCCUCACGCUCAUGAAAGUGGCACUUUUCACACACACCCCCGCCUCUCCUGUCCUGCAGUGUUUGGUGUUCCCCUUUUUCCCACCCCGGAAAGUCGUACUGUUUAAGGGCGCGGGAGAAAAAGAAAACUACUGGCCGCCUUAUUAGGGGCUAUAGCUGAAUGUCACUUUAGUUGUCAUGGAAACCUGCCUAAUCACAGCAAACUUGUUUCUCUGGUUGGCAGGCGUAUUACAAAACUGGACCUCCUUCCUCAGAAGGGUGUUCCUAAUAAUGUGGCCAGAGGAAUACAACAUCAGUCCCUUUCAGUUCUUGUGAAGGGGGUGCUACCUGUACAAAUAUUUGGUGUACUACCUGGUUCAUCUUUGUAAUUGUUGUUUUUUUUAUACAUAUAUAAAUAUAUAUACAGUACAUAUGUUUUUAUUGUCAGCAAACAUUUGUAAGGAAAAUCAUCACAUGUAAAUCUUAAAUCAUGCUGGAAAGUCAUUUUAUUUAAAAAUACAAAAAACAUUUUGGGUAUGUUGUGUUUUGGCAAAAUCUUUUUAGAAGUCUUUUUUUAAUUGACAUUGCUUUUGUUUGAUGUUAACACAUAAAUCAACAAACAGGCUGAAGACUUACAAUAACAAAACAUGUUGAUUUAACUGAGUCAAGUUUGCUAAUUAAACCCUGAGUUGUGUAAACUAAUUGUAGCAAAUGUUUUAUUCUACGUUCCUGAUCAUAUUUAAUAAGAUGUUACAGAAUGUA